GAAGCAACAACGAAGCCACAACGAAUCGCACAUGUGCGAUUCAACGCACUAGACUGCCCGCUCGCCAAGUUACGAAGGACGGCGUGUGGGAGCAGGCGGUGCAGCACGGACGAAAGGAGGCGCAAGAGCCAUCUAAGCAUCGACGCUACUGUCACGUCCAAUGUCAAACGUCUCAAAAUCGGCGACUGACGUGAAUUGCGCAACACCGGCGCCGGAAUUUCUCCCGGUCGACGGUGUCCGUUUUGAGGGUCCUUUUGACGCUUUGCUCAACAAGCACUUGGUUGAUGGCCUACUGCGUACGUCCGCGGAAUGCCGGCCCACAAAGGCACCCGAUGGGUCUUUCCUAGAUGGGUCCUCGCCCGCAUCUCCUCCAACACCUACACCAGCACCUACACCAUCACCGACUCCCUCCCUCGACCCUCAGUUUCCGGCACCUAAAUCGCAACCGCAAGCUCCUGUGGCCCCAUCGCUGUCGCCCUUACCCCUUCAAGACCCAAACCCGCCAUCAGACAGCCCCUCGCCGGGUUUGACGGCGCUCGAACCGAAGGAACUUGCGGAAACACUCGCGGUUUCAUCAAAGGCAUCAAGAGGGAUCAGUAAUAGACGUCCGAAAUCUAUGGCAGUGGGCUUCACCAUAGGGCCACCGAGUCAUGAUUCAGCUACAGAUUCCGAGUCAUCUCCAGAGUCAAUAAAAGCUCGCCGAUUGUCUUACAAUGGGCAUCAGAACGACCACCUGGCGGCCUUGCAAAACUACGCCAGAACAGCCCCGAACACGGGGUCCUCUUCUGUCGAUCUCAAGUCCUUGGCGGACGUACAUCAGGUCACUGGCAACACUUCGACCCUCAGAUUCGAAGCUCCUUACAUUGGGCCUUUAUUGUCUGCGCCUCAAGAUACCACCAGAACCUCGGUGGAGUCGAGUCUCCCCGCGUCUCCCCUUCGGCAAUUGUCUGCAAGCAGCAUUAACCGCAGGGCCGAGCAUCGUCUGAUGGUCAUUGACGAGUUGAUGCAGACGGAGCGGAUGUACGUACAUGAUUUGCGUACACUGGUGGAGAGUUUCUUCGAUCGGUUGAACGCCGUGUCGUGGGUGCCAAGCGACAAGAAGUUCUCUUUGAUGCGAAAUGCAAGUGAGCUAUACAGGUUCCAGCAGGAAUUUCUCAGCGCCCUGGAAGAGACGGUGGUGAGAGCAGAAGACGAUGCUGACGUUGCGGCAGCAUCGAUGGCGCACGUGUUUCUGGAAAUGCAGCACAAAUUCACCGUCUAUUCACAAUACUGCACCCAUCAUGACGGCGCCAUAAAAACCCUGAGAGAGUAUGAAAGAAGACCGGAGAUGGUCACCUUUCUCAAAGAUUUUCGAGGGCUGGCUCAGACCAAGCUGGAUGUGAAAGACUACUUGAUCAAGCCUGUGCAACGGCUAUGCCGAUACCCUCUGUUGAUCAACGAAGUGAUCAAGAACACAGCAAUCGACUCGCCCACACAUCAGGUGCUAACUGCAGCACAUGGCAUGAUGCAGCACCUUGCGUUGGAAAUAGACUCUGCCAAGUGGCGCAUGGAAAACAUGGAGAGGACAGACCGGUUCUUCAGCAGGCUGGAGGCACCCCCAAAUGACCUUCCACAGCGUUUAGAGGCCGGCGAUUUUAUUCUCAGCGGCGCACUCUUUGUCGUGAACUAUGACCAGUUUGCGAUGAAAUUGAGAUACAGGGGCGUAUUCCUCUUCCCUGAAUAUCUUCUGGUUGUGAAGCCCAGAAGAAUGACCGCUUAUAAUGUGAAGACUUGCCUAUCAUUAUCCCUGUGCGAGUUUAGGCGUCUCGGUGCUGGAGAAGGCCCUUUCGCGAACGGCUGGCGGUUGACAAACACCGAUAAUGGCCAGAAUUACGACUUCUGCGCAUUAACGGAACGGGAGAGGACAGUAUGGACCGACGCACUGUUACGGCUUGCAAUACCAGCAAAGUCAAGGCAGCCUGGUUCGUUGCCAUCCGCCACUACCGCGCCAUCGCCUUCGCCAGCACCGGUGCCGGGGCCGUCCUCGCGGCCAUCGAUGUCAACAGAAAUACGGGAAACUUUGCGACGGAGCAGCUCCACAGGAUGGAUGUCGGUACAAGAUGGCGGCAGCCCCGCGCCUCAACGAGAGCGCCCUUCUGGGGGCGCGCAGACUCCUACGCAGCGACGCAAGUUUUGGCGGCAGUCGAGCGCGGAUCUGCGAUAUGAAAGCUUCCCUGAGCCCAACUCGACCGCGGCAAACCCGAGCGCCGCCAUCAAUAUGUCCUCCUAUCCAACCGCGAGUUUGGUUAGGCGAGCUUCGGUGGACAUGCGACUGCUGGACGUCCUCACACCGAUUUUUGAUCCUUUGACGCAGAACACAGGGACGCUGUCGUCUCCAAGAUCGGUCCCUAACUUAAAGUCCGCAAUGCAGAGAAGUGCGACGCUGAAUGAUCUCACGGAACAUGCCGAAUAUCACCGGCCAGAUUCAGUCGUCGGAGCGAGAUUGAACACCUCGAGGCCGCCGCUUCCGCCAGACAAGAGAUAUUCGCUCAGAUUGCCCCCUCGAACAUAUUCGGAGCUACAAAUUUCCCCGAGGAGCGCAAGAGAUGACGACUAUCCUCCCACUCAUUCACUGCGACCCCGCGAUAUUCGUGACCUUUUCAUAGAAGGCCGUCCGCCGCUCCCGAAUCGUGACUCGUCACUGAAAUACAACCCGGACUUGCUCAAACAAACAGAAAGCAACCGAACCUCCGCCGGCUACCGGGUACGAGAGUCGGAAACCUUGAAUCCACUUCCACGGAGUGUUCUGCUGAGCGGAGCUUCCACAAGAUCCAGUCCCAUUGAUUCCAUUGCCCCACCGCUUCUUCACCGCUACCCAUCACAAUCAAGCUUUGCCCCACAGCUUCCCGACCGCAGCGCCCAACUUAUACCACCACUGCCACCUCUUCCCGUGCACAUGGGGUCGGAGCCACCCAUUGGGCGUGCGAGCACCAGUACCUACUCCCCACCUUCGUCUUCCGGAUCUUCUACAUCCGCCUUCUUCACGAGACUCUACAAAGCGAGCUCCACCCAGAGUAUGCCCGAUGCCCCCGAUAAAGAGCGUAGGAAUAACCUGCUGCGACGAACAUGGACUCAAAUUUUCCAUCGGAAAAGACGUGGGCUGAGGGAAACGUUUGGUCUCGGCAGCAGCAACAAGUCUGAUGCCGGAGAUCGCUAGGCAAUCCCUCUCCUUUAUGCGGACCCUUUG